AUGAAAUUCCAUCCUCUUCCUUUUUUCAUCUCCCAAGGCUCGACAAAUUUCGAGCGAACACGUGGUUCUCGACCUUAUGGAUUUUUGCGUGAAGUCUUAGCUGUUUGCAAUCAAUCGGUCGCGGCGACUUCCCUAGGUCUGAAUCAACACUUUCGUUUUAAUUUUAGCGCAAAAAUUCGAGUCAUUCUUUGCUUAAAUUGGUGCUCAUUACGCUAUGCUCUCUCUGCUUAA